ACACACACCUGAGGGACACACACCUGAGUGACACACACCUGAGAUCAGAAUGAGAACGACGGAGAGUUUGCAGCGAUGGAGCCAGUUUUAGUGAUCGCACUCUGUUUGCUCUGGACAAGAACAUCAGUGUCAUCGGUCGAGCGACCGCCUGAGCCUCGUCAUGUCCACUUCUACUCAGAGAACCUGAGGAACACUGUGAGGUGGACGCCAGGAGCAGGACGUCCCCGGGACACCGUCUACACUGUGGAGUACGCCAUAUACGGUGAUGAGGAGGAGAGCGGCUCUGAGCGGGUGAGGUGGAGGCGUGUGGAGCACUGCUCCUCCGUCACACACAACGAGUGUGACGUGUCUCAGGAGACCUUUAACCUGGAGGAGGAAUACUAUGCCAGAGUCAGGGCCGUCAGUGCAGACACACAGUCUGUGUGGACCGAGAGCACGAGCCGCUUCAGCCCUGCGCUCCACACGAUCCUCGGCGCGCCGCUGCUGGAGCUGAGCGUGCUGCAGAACUACAUAAACGUCACCAUCAAGGGGCCCUUCAGAUGGAGAACCAGGAGGACCAGGAAAGAGAAGUCACUGUGGAAGAUCUUCCCACACAUGAUCUAUAACGUCUCUGUGUUCAACGGCAGGAGCGGUGACACAGCCUACAUGGUUCUUAAAACUGGGAAGGUGACGCUGGGCCCUCUGGAGUCCUCCAGCCAGAUCUGUGUGAGGGUGCAGGCGCAGUCCGAGUCUCUGCCCCUGGCCUUCAAACCCAGCGAGCGGCAGUGCGUCGAGACGCCCAGAGACCAGCUGCUGUCUUCUCUGCUGGGCGGCGUGCUGCCGUCUGCUCUCUGUCUGUGUGUCCUCGCUGUGCUCGGGGGACUCGUCCACUGCUACAUCACUGACCACAGACAGACACUGCCCAAGAGCACGCAGGUGGUUGAUAUGAGCCAAAGGCUUCACACUCUCCAGCCAGAAAAGCCUCCAACCAUCAUUGUUAACAUAGUCAAAAUGGGAGAGGGGUGGGCUGUGCCUCAGCUGGUGUGUGGUGAGGACUGGUCAGCGGCGGAUGCUCCAGGGUCGGUGGGUUACACUCAGCAGCUCGCUCUGUUACCGGACGAGGAGGAGUCUGUGAGCGUGGACCCUGAGCCGCAGGAGCAGCACAGCGAGGCCAUAGAGUACGGCAUCGUCCAAGCCCACAGCAGCCCAUACCGGACACAACAGCACACAGUGAACGCCUGUGAGGACCAAGACCAAGCACAGAUAUUCCUGGACUGGAGCCCAGAGACCCGAGAGCUGAAGAUCCCUCUGACGGGUCUGUUAGGUCUGGAGGACGAAGCUCAGAUCCAGACUGAAGCAGUCACACUGCUGCCUAACCUCAUCCUGAGACAGAGCUCGGGGGAACACAGCGAGCCGGAGCCGGAGCCGGAGCCGGAGCCGGAGCCGGAGCCGGAGCCGGAGCUGGACGGCUUCAUCAAGAUGGAGCGAGACUGGGGUCUGGUCAUCCACUCCGGCCCAGACUGACAGAGCAAUGAUACUGCUGCUUCAGACUCCACACAAGAUGAAGAUCGCUUCACCAGGUUUAAGGUUUACACACCAGACAAUAUUAGGGCAGCAAAACGAUUAAUCGAUUCAAAACCAAAGUUUAUGUUUACAUACUACUGUAUAUGUGUGUGUGUAGUGUGUAUAUUUAUUAUGUAUACACAAAUACACACAUAUGUAUAUAUGAAGAGUUAAUUUGCAAAAACAGAUUACAGAUAAUCAUGUUUUGAUUAACUGCAGUUGUGUUGUUUCAAUUAAAUAAUAAUAAACACAAUAAUGAAACACAACAAAAACAUGAUUCAAGAAAAUAAAAAAAUGAAGUUCUGUUUUUGCAAAUAAUUUCUCUAUAUAUUUUAAAAUGAUCUGUAUGUAAAUACUUUAUAUUAUAUACUGUAUUAAUAUAGAUAUUUAACAUAUAAACCAAACAUAUUUUUCCUCAUUAAUAAAUAAACACAGUACACACACAUAUAGAAUAUAAACAUAAACAUUUAUUUUUAAUGGAUUAAUCAUGACUAAUCGUUGUGCAGCCCUUGAGGACACAAUAAAGGAUUUCCAGAUUCACGGAGAACAUUACAUUUAAUCAUGGCCAACACUUUUCCCCAAAAGCCCCAGACGUGCACAGACAGGAAACUGCUCAGGGGAAAUAAACUCAGUGCUGGAGGCCAUGUUUGAGCCACGCAUCAGAAAACAUCCGUACUCAGCUAUUCAACAGUCUCUUUCACAGCAAAGCCCCUGUAACACAUCUACUGUAAUACAGUCAAAUACGUGCAGACAUUUCUUCUUGUGCAUUAGCCAGAUUUCAUUUGAAGGGAAUGGACACAAGGCAAGAGUUUGAACGUCAAUGACUUUCUGAUAAUGCAUUGGUUUGUGAACUUUAGAAACUGAUCAACAAUGAUGAAGGAAAAGGGAAUUAUAUUGAAGGAAUUCACAUUUUAUAUAAUAUUGUAAAUAUCUAUUUCAAUUGUACAUAAACCAAAUUAUAAUUUUUUAUUGAAAUAUUAAUAAUUGUACUUAGAAAAACAUUUAUUUAUUGUAAAAUGUGAUGAACAUCCAGAUGAAUAAAAGGACUAUAAAUAAUGCAGAUUAUAAAC